UUUUCUUUUAGGUUUUUUUCCCGCAUGAGUCAUACCAAUAAUACGUCAGUUAUUCACGAAAUGGAAUAAUAUUGCAUUCAUUGUCUCCUAGAAUCCCGUAUUGUGCCACGAAAAGUCUCUCUGAACAAAAAAAUGGCGUUUACGGAGUUCAGGCCAUUGAACGAGAAGUCUCUCAUAGAAUACAUAAAAGCAACGCCUUCGCUGUCAUCCACUAUCGGAGACAAGUACGAGGAUUUGGUGAUCAAGGAAGUUGGAGAUGGCAACCUUAAUUUCGUGUUCAUCGUCGUCGGCACCUCCGGUUCUGUUGUCGUCAAACAGGCACUUCCAUAUAUCCGUUGCAUCGGGGAAUCUUGGCCAAUGACGAAAGAAAGAGCGUAUUUCGAGGCAACGGCGUUAAGAGUGCAUGGAAAACUAUGCCCUGACCAUGUUCCUGAAGUAUAUCAUUUUGACCGGACCAUGGCUCUGAUCGGUAUGAGAUACCUCGCCCAUCCGCACAUAAUCCUCAGGAAAGGACUGAUUGCCGGAGUGGAGUAUCCGCUGCUUUCAGAGCACAUGUCGGACUACAUGUCUCGGACUCUGUUUUUCACUUCCCUGCUAUAUAAUAAUACCACAGAGCACAAAAGAGCAGUUACUGAGUUUUGUGGCAAUGUGGAGUUAUGCCGAUUGACAGAGCAAGUUGUAUUUUCUGACCCGUAUAGAAUUUCUCAAUACAAUCGUUGGACUUCCCCUUACCUAGAUGAUGAUGCUAAAGCUGUACGUGAAGAUAGUGCCCUGAAGCUUGAAGUUGCUGAUUUGAAAUCGAUGUUCUGUGAAAGAGCACAAGCUUUAAUUCAUGGUGACCUUCACACUGGUUCUAUCAUGGUUACCCAAGACUCAACUCAGGUGAUAGAUCCCGAGUUUGCAUUUUAUGGACCGAUGGGUUUCGACAUUGGAGCUUUUCUCGGCAACUUAAUAUUGGCUUUCUUUGCACAAGAUGGGCAUGCUGAGCAGAAGAAUGAUCGAAAAGCGUACAAGGAGUGGAUCUUGAGAACCAUCGAGCAAAUCUGGAAUCUGUUCAACAAAAAGUUUAUUGCACUUUGGAACCAACACAAAGAUGGACCUGGGGAAGCCUACCUCAGAGACAUCUAUAACAAUGCCGAGGUUCUACAGAUCGUGCAAGAAAACUAUAUGAGGAACUUGUUGCAUGACUCCCUCGGUUUUGGUGCUGCAAAAAUGAUAAGGAGAAUUGUGGGUGUAGCCCAUGUGGAAGAUUUUGAAUCAAUCAAAGACGUUGAGACACGGGCAAACUGCGAGAGACGAGCUCUGGAUUUCGGGAAGAUGCUUCUAAAGGAAAGGAGAAAGUUUAAGUCAAUUGGUGAAGUUGUUUCAGCAAUUCAGCAGGUCGGGUCGUGACCAAACUUUGCUAAAGAAUGGAGUUUUUCUCCUCUGUGGCCACCUAAAGAAGAGCCAUUUCUGGUUUUGGUUGUAAUCUGACUCAGUGAGUCACGUUUCGGGUCUUGGAGGAGCAGGACUUGGCUGCGUUAUGAUUGAUUCAUCAACCCAAUUAUGUGACAGAAUGAAACAUUUUACAAUAAAAAGGUCAAUGUUAGUUGAGUUUUCAGAAACUUUA